GUGGAAAUCCAUACCUUAUAUGUUAUACGGUAUAAAAGUGUGUCAUUAACCCUAAAGCAAGCGAAGCGAGCAUCAAUGAGAUCGCAAAGUGACCAAACGGGCUUCGUUGUCGAGCUUAAAGCCCCGUGCAUACGGACGCAACAUUGUUGGCCAACAACUCCCAAUAUUGUUGGAUGUUACAUGUUGCGUCCGUUUGCGCACCUUGUUGCAUGUUGUUGGGAGUUGAUGCAUCCGCUUGCACACCACUGCCAACACGGACGCAACAACUCCCAACAUUUUUGGCCCAACAAUGUAGGGACUUGGUGCGUCAGCGUGCAAAACAAAGCCGCACGACUACUCAGUCUUCCUCUGCUUUCAAAAUCCAAGAUGGCGACUACACGCGGGAAAAUUCGUAGGAACAACUAUAUUGCUGUUAGCAGUCGUUCGCUUCCUGCAUCACAUUCUAUCAUUGUAAUUGAUAAUGCAGCUGAAAACAUGUAUGCCUGUUCUUUUUUUUUUCAGAACAAACUUGUUUUUCAAAGAGCAAAAAGAGUACAGUCAUGUUGCAUUUGUUUCGGUUUUAAUUGUUUUCCUGCUGCUUGGGGCCUGGACUUGGGUUCCUGCCCAACAGGUAAGUCAUUUUGCACUCCGCUUAAGACGAAUCUUUACUGACGUGAUUGGUUUGUUUGACAUGUCACGCAAAUAAAUCUGAUAAAUUUUAGCUAUCUGGUAAGUGAAACAUUUAGCUGAACCGUUCGUUGACUGCCUUUUGUUCCCUCAGAUGGUAGUUUUAAACAGAGAUCAAACAAAUGAGUGGAAAGGUUGGAUGCAGUUGGUUAUUCUGUUGUAUCACUACACUGGAGCAAGUAAGGUAAUAAAAGAUGUUUGAAUCAAAGCACUCGUUUACACAGCCAUGACUUGACACAGCUCAUUACAGUUUAUUAUGCUUAUGUGACCAUCCAUAGAAAGUCGCCAUACGUUUUCCAGUCAGUAUUCUGUAGUUCUGCAAAACCUCUCGUAAACGACUUGCUCUCGAAAUCGUUGCCUUCUAAGACAAAAUUAUUUUCACUGAAAUGUUUCGUGGAAAAAGCAGAAAAAACAGACCAGAGCAAGAGUAGUAGAAAUCUACAAAAGAAUGAAAACGCGAACACCUACGGAAAGCACUUUCUUUUUCCUACUUUGAUUUGUCGUUUGCUGUGACUCUUGCCAAAGUUUUCUUUCCCAUUUAGUGAAAAACCGCCCAAUACUCGUUUGUUUUUUAGUUCAGUUGUGCUGCGCGGAAAAUAAGCGCCACACCAUUAAAAGGGAGACACUGUCACUGUGAUCUGUUUGUCUAAGGGAAGAUGAUGCACGGAGUUUCGAUCGCAAGAUGUCCGCAACCUUCCUAAAAAUGUAUGACAUAGUUCUACUGUUAUCUAUUGCCAGGUUCUUCCAAUUUACGUUUUCAUAAGGCUCUUAGUGGCAUCCUACCUAUUCCUAACCGGUUAUGGACAUUUCUCAUACUUUUGGAACAAAGGAGACUUUGGGCUCUACAGAUUUUGCCAGGUAAUCACUAGUUAGGCAGAUCUCUCUUAAAAAAAAAAAUAAAAAUGAUGAUAUAGAUAAACCUUUUCCCUAGGGCUUUAUCUUAUUGAAAUGCCCUGGGAACAGGUUGUGUCAGAGGUAACACAUAGGCCUGUUUCGAUUGUGCUCGUAAAAUGCUGGAAAGUUGCUAAAAAUUGCCGAAAAUCCAAAAAGGUGCUUGUUAAAUUUAAAAAGCUGUUUCCGAAAUUUCUGGAUCUUUUUAUAUAAACAGUAAUAACGAAGGUGAAAUUAUAGAGAUUCUACUGUUUGGGAUUUUAAAAUGUGGCCGUUGGCCCUAUUAACGGGUGACCGCAUUAACAGGGGUUUUUCAUAAGAAAAAUGUAUGGCCGUUUUAAGUGUCCGUAAAAUAGUGGCCGUAAUAACGAGGUGAUCGUACUACCGAGGUGGCCGUAAGGCGGGGUUCCACUGUAAUACUGAAUACAGGCUCUUUUUUUUUACUAAACAAAAACUGGUGCAAUCGCCGUCCACCUAGCCUACCUGCGUAGCAGGCGCGGGAUUUUAGGGGGGUGAACGGAGAAAUUUCGAAAAAGCGCGCGCUUUAUAAAAACUAAUCAAAACUAACCGGCGCCUGCCACGCAGGCUUCCGUCCACUUAGCACCAGCUUCUGUCUCCUACGAGUCUCCCACGCAACCACGAUUUUUGCCGUCUUGUGAAACGUCUCUCCUCGUCAAGAGGAGAAGCGUUUCAUGACGAGAUAAAAACAGCUGUGCGGGGGGAUAACCUCUUACAGAAAACAAUUUUGUAAAUGCGGUGAUAAAUCCCAACAACGUAUUUGCUUCUUAACAGUUUUGUUCUAUAAAAACAAACUUGAUAUAGAAUGAAGCACAUGUGGUAAUUAAAGGUGUCAUCUCCGUCAUGGCUAAACUUUGUUCCGUGGUCGCUCCAAAGGCACUAAAAUGCAUUUUAUCAGACCCCACCCAUCUACCCCAGCAUUCUGUUCCUUUCGAUCUUUCAUAUUGCCACCUACUUCAAUUUUUUUCUUUAUUUUUUAAUUUUUUUUGGAGAACCCUGUAGAAUACCGUAAAAUUCCGAAAAUAAGCCCCUCCAUUUAUAAGUCCCUCCAAAUAUAAGCCCUCCGGGGGCUUGUACUUGGAAAUUGCCGCCAAAUACAAAGUAAAACAAAGCAAAAACGGUAAAUUUCCUUCCAACUAUAGGGCUAGCCCAAUCGAUUUUGAAACGCAAAUUUCCCUCAAUAGAUAAGCCUCUCCGAAUAUAAGCCCCUCCGGUAUUAGAGAUAAAUAUUUAGGAACUUAAAUUCUGGAUUUCAAAGCGCCUGGUCUAUACAUGAUAUGAUCGCUACGACCGCUAAAAGUCUGACAAUCGCGUGAUGAUAUGGAAACCAGUUUUAUGAUAAAGAUAUAAUUGUUUUUAUAUAAUCGCAAGACCUUUUCAUUAGCGGUCCAUGCUAUCGCUGCAGUUACCUGAAUCAAAGCCACACUAAAAUCAAAGAAUCUAGGCACAAUAAAAGACUCUACGUAGGAAGGAAUGCAAAAUCCUUGGGAAAUAAUCUGACUCUAUUUUCUUUCAGGUCAUGACGAGAAUGAAUAUCCUAGUAGCUGUUUUGUGCCUGGUAAUGGGCCGUCCAUAUCAGUUCUACUAUUUUGUUCCACUGGUGUCGUUUUGGUUCGUGGUGAUUUAUCUUUUCGUAGCCGCGUGGCCAAGAGUAACAGCUGCUUUUGUUAAAGGUGAGAAAAUCUGUUUUUUCCAUCAGGUAUUGGGAACGAAGAAAAUUGGUUUAAUGCUCAUACUUUUUUCUCCACUGAACUAACAUUUUCUUUGUGUGCUAAUUAACGAUUAUUCCUCAAGCCCGAAUGGGGGGCGAUUGACUAGUAGUCAGAGGCCAUGAGGGCGCGAGGAAUAAUUGUUUUACUAAAAUCCAACUAGUUGGUAAAAAAUAUCGAGACAACAGUUAAAGCUAGACUUUAAUCCUUUUUUUCGGCCAAAAAGCCGGCACUUUUCGCUACUACUCUAGUGGGCUAUAACAUUUAGCCUAGUAGUAGCUCAACCAAUCAGAACUUAGCAUUAACAAUAGACCACUAGUUGGAUUUUACUAAUAGGCUCAUAUCCUGCGUCCCAGUCAGUAACAGGGAUCUUAAAGCCUGUUGUUCACAUGGAGGUGGUGGACCCUAGGUAGGUGGGGUAACCUGCCUGUCCAUAUAAUCUCUUUUAUGGUCACCCCACCUAUCAUGUAAACGUGAUUAAAUUAAAAUGAGAGAUUAUAUUAUAUGGACAGGCGGGUAACGCCACUCACCAAGGGUCCCCCACCCCCACCUCUUUACAAACAGUCCUUUAAGCGUCAACGACGGGGACGGCAGCGAAAACGUCUCACGAAAAAUGAACACGCCCUGUUUCAAAUUCCUUCCUUCUUAUUCCAUCUCGUUCAAUUGUCAAAUGUUGGCGAACUUUUCUGGAGUUGAAUUCGAACAGACUGUACCUAAGUUAAAAAAAUAAUAAUAAUAAAAAUAAAAUCGUUUUCUGGUGUUCACGUCCUUCUUAAAACGUGAAAUAAGGCAGUUUCACUUGGCGGUCGUGCAGCAACGGCAAAGAAAUGUACAAAAAAACGUGCUGCCAGUGCGGAGUUGUUGCCAAUCUAAGGGCCAGGCCAAACGUGGAACUUUUCAUGAGACGAACCAAACUUGGUGAGUUAAGUUCAAGAAAAGUUCGACGUCUGACUCAGUUACGUUCGUCUGAAUGAGUUUGGGUCGUCCAACACGUUCUAUCCGUCUGCUUCAGAACAGAGAUUAGGGCUCUGGCUUACAGGCAGACUAAAGCUGAGAUUUAGUUUCGUUUGUGGUGGAGAUUUAUUUUCGUCCGUUGCCACGGAGGGCUGCAGCGUUACGGAUGAUAGAAUACCAUUAGCCUGCGAGCAAGCUCUCCUAUCUGGUCCAGGGAAGUGAGCCUCGCCAGAACGCGCGAGUGAGGGGCUGAGGCCGCUCGCUCGCGCGCUCUCGCGAGACUCGCCUCACUCACCCAAACAGGAGAGCUUGCUCGCAGGAUAGAAUACCAUAGAAUACUUCAUACACUUUUUAAAAUGUAUUGUUUUAUGUUGUUUUGACUCUUGCAGAUAACUACAAACAUUAUCUGACAAUGUUGAUUAAGUUCUUUUUACUCUUUUGUGGAAUUAGAAUCAUUUGGAGUUUGCCGGUAAGUGAGUUGUCAUUGAACUGCCAGCCAACUCGUCCCGCUCAGAUUCCUUCCCAGAUAUUUGCCACUUUAAAACGAAAGGGGAACUGGAACCGAAAUGUGUCCCCCAGUUGCUUCUGGGAUCGUUACCGGGGACGCGCCAGUCAGCUAUUGGCCAUUUUUUCCUGUCCCUGGUAACAGUCCCAGAGGUCUUUGCAAACUUUUAGGAGAAUGACUACGAGUACGAGAUUCUCUCAAUACUAAGUAGUGCACGCCCGUGAGCCAGCGUCCCUUUGGCGGGAAAACGUGGUAGCCGUCGUCAUUCUUCAAGGAGUUUUAGCGCGAUUGUCGUAGUGGCGGAAACAAUUUAUCUAAUGUUAGAAGUUUUAUCAUUUUACGAUCGAGAGAGGGUGUAACCUCCCUCACUUAAGGUAACAGUGCUAACUUUGCUAGUGAAAAAUGGUAAAAUGAAGCUUUCCGGGGAGUCCAUAUUUUGAAAAGACGUGAAAAAACCUUAAGUCAAAUCUCGUACUCGUAGUUGUCCUCGUCUUCGAAUCUAAUGGUCUCUAUUAACGGUAUAUAUGUCUUGCACCCCAAAAAAGGUAGCAUUGCCGAAACGUCGGUUACUCUUUUGAAAACCGUCGAUUUUGCAAUUUUCAAAUUAACAUUAAGGAAGUAAGGUACCUUUGCACGCAGGCUAAUUAAGGCCGGUACAACAGGAUGUUUUUCAUUAACGCGAUAAUGUCAAACAAGUCAGGGAAGUUAGCCCUCCAACACGCUUGUUAGGGAGCAGCGAUCGGGCGAUAUGGGAGCGCGAGCGUGCGUUGAAGUCACAGGGAGAAUCGGGCAGAAUUCCUCUCCAAGCUUCAUUCCUUCGCCUCUAACCCGCGCUCCCCGGCGUCUCCAAUAAAACUGCCAGCUACACAGGCUGUGCAAAAAGCACCUCUGAAAACGCGGGUUUUGGUCAAUAACUUGUAUGCUUUCUUCUUCAGACGUUGGGUCAAUGGAUAUUUUCUCAGUGGGCAAUUAAAGAAUUAUUUAUUGAUGAAAAUGACAGUGUUCGUGAAUGGUGGUUCCGGUCGUGGCUGGACAGAUAUGUGAGUGUGUUUCUUUCUUUAGUUGUGCUACAUUCCGCAGGUUACUAAAUAAUUCCCUCUGGUGCUUACGACUACGACUGAGGAGUAGUGCUAAUAUCCCUACAACAAAGUAGUAGAAAAUUACUCUAUAGUGGUAACACAAUUACUGGUACCCCAAAAGUUUGCUUUGUGGCCAAUUACCGUGCGACCACUCGAACCGGAGCACUUGGAAGAAGAUUAUCCAAUCACAACAUUUUUUGAAAACAAAAGAUUCUCAAGAUGUUUUUUGCAAAUGGACCAAUAAAAUUCAAGGUUCAACUAUGCAAUCGUUAAAAAUUUUAAAACCGUUUGAACUUACCUGACCUCUCAGGAAACAGCCCUCAAAUUCAUGUAUUCUUAGUUGCUAAAAAUAUAUAUAUCUACGUGUCGCAACUGUUCAUCAGUAGGAUGCCUAAAAUGCGUGCAAUUCCACAAUUGGUUUCGGCUCCAUUAAAUCCUAUACCAAUUGCAGAACAUUUUAGGAGGAGCCACCCACCAUGUGAGCACAGUCACGGACAAUGUAUAAGUGAGGAAAAUAACGCAAAGUAAAAUUAAGACGUUAAUAAACGAACUAAAUGUACACGUCAAUUAAAUAAAUAAACAAAUAAUGCGCGCGCUCAAAAUAAAAUUGUACGCGCACAAGUACCGAGAUCUGAAAUACAACAAUAUGUAAUAAAUAAGUAAUGUAAGGAUACGAUGGUGCAAUUCAAGCCUGGAUUGCUAAUCUCAUCUCCCGCAGGGCUGCACCAUACUUCUCGACGAUAAGACCAUGGCGACUGAAGAAUUUAUUAAAUGAUUACUGAUGUAUGUUAUCGGUUCGUUUGCAAAAAAACUUGAGAAUCUUGUGUUUUCCAAAACCGUUGUGAUUGGAUAAUGUUCUUCCAAGUGCCCCGGUUCGACAAGUCGCACUAUAAUAAGGAGAAAAACAAAUAAUUUAAAUAAAUAAACUCCUAAAAAUUACUGUUGAUACUCGUCUCCCAACCCCUGAUAAAUUAUACCACAACGAAGGCAAUAAGUAGAGAUAACCACGUGACCUUUCUUGGGAAUUUUAACUCGUACGCAAUAAAAUGGAACCUCGAAUUUAGAAUUCGUUGGACUCCAAAUUCCUAACUUUCUAUUUUGAUCGUAGCCUAAUAGUGUCUUCACCGAAUUGGCUGUUGCUGUUUGCCAUAUUGAAUUUAAUAUUACCUAGACAUAUGAUCAAAUUCAUGUUUCAAAUUUGUCCAUCCUUGCACGCCAGUACUCUGUCUUACAGUGAAAAUACACCCAGUACCUAUCCCUUCAAACUGAAAUGAAAAUGUAAACCUAAACGACGUUUUCACUCAAGCGCCGACUGGAGUUUCCUACCUAGCUACCUGGGCUAAAUCUUUGCUUGCAUUUCUCUUUCAGAUUGCUCUUUAUGGAAUGGUUGUAGCUCUAGUGUACUGCACUGCUAAAUAUUUUAAGUUUUUUGAGGAUAAUAACAAGAGAAUUUUGUUCUCUGGUCCUGCUGCCGUCGUCUCUCUUUUCUUUGCCGUUGUAGCUCUUCUGGUGAGUUGUCGCUGUUUGAAAUAUGUCAUAAUACUCGACUUAGCCUUGCCUUGAUAUAACUAGAAGUAAUCGCAGAUUAGAAGUGCGUCCAAUGGCCCGAUAGGAAGGGGGACGGGAAAGGGAUUUCACUUUGUUAUCGUUCCCAUGAUUAAGCGGGGCACGAAAGAGAUACCAGUUCCUGGCCGCGCGAGGUGAUAACUCCAGGUCACUGUAGACCAUUUGCACGAUGUCGCCAUUUUCUACUAUUGUCAGAAUUCCUCAGGAUUUGCUUUUUUGUUUUGCAAAUUAGGGCUGGCUUUCCUUUUUUAUGAACAAUUUAUACUUCGAAAGUGCACGCAUACAGACUUGAGGUUUCACACUCCAGAAUAUGUCUAUGAAUGACUGAUCUGUGAAAGCUCCUUGACAUAGGCCCAGUAUGGGAGUUCUUCGCGGCGGAUAAUGGGCUCCUGGCUAAAUGAUUGACUGAAAAUAAUCUCGCCAGUUAUAUUAACCUGUAAAAAGUAAACCCAAAAAGUAAUGGUUACUUGUUCGAACGUGUGUUCGACGCACGUGACCCAAGCUUUUUGGACCGAUUUGUAAUAAAUGCUCUAGGAAUUUAAAGGGGUAAACCCAGUGUUUGGACCAUCAGUGAGACAACUUAGCUUAUAUUAAUAGUGAGCUUACACUAGUCUGAAAUGUAAUACGUCUCCACCCACUAACCUGUCGGGGGCGCGAGCGAGAUAGAGACAGACGUAUGACAUUUCAGACUAAGUUUACGCAACAGGACGAUAGGAUGAAGAGGACAGCAAAACUCUUGUGUCUGACAGACGUGACAGGGCUAUUACUUGCGUGUUUUAUCGUAAUCUUCACUUCACACCAACGUUUUCUGGUCCUUUGCAAAAAGAUCUGUUUCAAGGAAAGUGAAGUUUGGCGAAACGUUGUUUCAAACAAAAUUAUUGUCACGCUUGUCGCACAAAGUUUGCCGCGUUCUUUCCUCUCCCGUCCUGUUGCGCAAGUUCACUAAUGCUAGACGAAGUCAGGAGCCCAUAAGGACUUGUGACGUAGUAUAACCACUGCGUUGCUGAAACACCAUUAGGUACUUUCAAGAGAUCAUACUGAAUAGGACUAUUAUGGCUCUUGGUACUUUAAGAUUCAACGACACGACGCCACGAGAAUGUCAAAAAACCAAUAGGUUUAAUUAACCCAAACAACAAUUUGCACGUGUAGUACACUUUUUUGUACAUUUCUUUGCCGUUUUUGCACGACUACGACGCGAAAAUGCCCAAUUUUGCGUUUUAUGGAGAACGUAAACAAGAAAGGACGAAAUCUUAUUUCUCUUUGUGAACUUGGAUAUGGUCUCUAGGAACUCAGCUUCAGCUGGGUUCGCCUACAUUUGACAAAGUAAGUGGGGAGGAAUAACCGCGAGUAAACGAGCGCAAAUUGACUUUUUAACCGACGUUUUUGUUGCCGUCGCGUCGUUGGAUCUUAAAGUCCCUAUUAUUUUCAUUCCGUGAACUGACCAUUGUUUUACCCCCUUUGUUUCAGAUUUAUACUCUUCAAGCAAUUACGUGUAGUUCAAAACCCUCUUGUAACGAAACGCAUUCCUUUUUGUCAUUUAUACCUGUAAGUAUAAAGUUGCUGUUUCCUACUCUCCUUUAUAACCUUAACUCAUCUUGUGUUUGUCCUUUCCGAACGACCCAAUAAUAAACCUCCAUAUCGGUACGAAUGUGACUGACCUAACCUGCGAGUGGGUGUCAGUAAAACGCAGCGUCGGGGCGGGCAAAUAGGGUGUUCAUAGAGCGAUUUUCGCAUGACCUUGAAAAAUGGUUUCGGUAAGUUUUCGUUAUUUGUUUUAUCAGCCAAUGGUUGAAAAGAUCAAAACAUGGACUCUUCGUUUUCCCACCAAAGAAAACCCUGAUAUAGAGAAGGCAUUGUUCAAUUGGCUAAUCGUGUUGUAGUAUGACGUCAAAGCGAAGUAUCGGUUGAUUUCUAGAAAGUUCUCGGGCAAUGCUACCGGUGGUAUAUCAUUUCCCCUGCAGAAAAUGUUGAGGCUGUCGGAAAACAGAACAUAUUUUAUCUGGGACCAGUUAUUCCGCGUGUUAUACUCACUAUCUUGAGUCAGUAUUGAUUAGUCAUCUUUUUCAGUUUCUGCCAUAUUAAAACUGUUUUGCUAGUAUGUAUAUUUUUUAAAAUUACAGAUAACAGCUUUCGUGCUUCUCAGAAAUAUACCUGGUUCCCUCCGGUCUAAAUUUAGUCGGUUCUACGCUUGGGUUGGUUCUUUUUCUUUAGAGGUUAGUAAUGUAUAACUGAGUUUGUUUUUAUUAUCGUAAACUGUUUAAGACCCUGUGAUACUGCGGAGAAUAUAAAAGACGAACGAGUUCGUGGAAUUCCUUGAAUGAUAUAAAUUAUGUGGCAUGGGUUAGGUUGACAUAAUUAUUGAAGAAAUAAAUUAACCUUGCCGCAUAAUUUAUCCCAUUCAGUAUUCCAUACCACGCGUCCUACUGCAAGGUCGAGCUCUUUCCUCGGUCUACCCUUAAUAACAUGGUUUCAUGCACCAUUCUCUUAACAUACGUCGUUUAACGCUUCAGCUCUAUAGGUCACCGCUAAAUUAAAGGUGACUUACUUGUAAGCCGAGGUUUGAUUCUGCCGAGUCAUCAUUAGCACAAGAAGUUACUCCUUUACUAAGUGUAUAGAAUGGUACCUUCAGAAACGUGAGUGCCGGAAAAUUUUAGCGCGAUCUCGAUUUCUCGGAAGCGUUGUUGCUGCCGGGUGUUGAAGUCUCGUUUUCGGGCAAUUUUUGCAUCUCGGAGUCUCGAAUAACUUUUUGCGACCGGUCUCGGAGUCUCAGCUUUGUCAUUUCACCGCUCUCUUAACAUGCGUUGUUUAACGCUUUAACUUUAAAGCUCGCAUGCUAUUGAAAAAUGUAGUAAAUUGUUCACUAGAAUAAGCGGGUGUCAGUGACUAUCGUGAGACAAACAUCAAACAAACCUAUCAUAGUCAAAGCACGAUAAGUAACAGAUUUCAUUAAGGAGCAAAGCCCUUUUAACCAUUUCGAGCAUCUCGCCUAAAAAUAGCUCAAUGGCCCGUAUGCAGGAUUACGUUAGACGAGUAAAUUUCACCAACAAGCCUCCUUUGUGAACUAAAUUCUUUGUAGUUACACUUUGCAAUUUAUAAUUUCAAAAGGUAAACAGGCAUAAGGGCUAUUGAUAGAGCACCGGUAGAUCUACUCCAGUGGUCGCGAGUUCAAACCUAGCCGGGGUCGACAACGUUUUCUUUGAUUCCGGGCUAUCUCAACUUCCUUUCUAGAGCUUGUAUUCAGACGGAAUCAUAGAGUUUCUUAGCACUCAAGAAAUCGCCAAUUUUUAAUUCUUUUUGCCUCAUAUAAAUGCUACGCGGCUUACACACUAAAUAUAUUUGUUGUAUAGCUGAAAAUUUCUUCCCAACAGCGCGCGCUCUCAUUGGUUACUUCGACGUCACAUGACAUCUAGCAAUGAAACUGUUUCCCACCAAAUCUCUGAGCCGUAACAGCGAGGUUUAAUCAAUUUCCUGCUUUAAAAUUCCAGCUAUAUAACAAAUCACUUAAAGACUGGUCCCUCGGAAAACAGUUAAUUUUGUUUCCUUCGAAUCUCAAUGUUUCCCUCGCGGCCAGUCAUUAAGUGUUGAUUGUUUUUGCUUGUUUGCAGUUGUUUAUAUCGCAGUACCAUAUCUGGCUUGCCCACGAUACCAAGGGAAUUUUGGUCCUAAUUCCUAGCCAGCCAUUUCUCAAUGUCGUCUUGUCCACGUUUGUGUUCGUAUGCGUCAGUCACGAGAUUCACAAGGUGUCCGGGGUACUGGCCAACGCCCUAAUAACCAAAGACAUUAAAACUAUGAUGAGAAGGGUGCUGUUUUUUAUCUUCAUGUUGAUAAUCAUAUGGUGGCAUAAGACUCAUCAUGAUCCCAAACCCAAAUUAGCAGGAUAAAGGUAACAGGGGCUAAUAUUGUGGAGGGGCCCGUGGCCCCGGUGCCCCCUAAACUUAAACCCGUACGCCGAGAAAAUGAUUUUGGAGGUCGGGCUUUCCUUCUCUCAAGCGGGGCCUGGAGCGGGCCGCUUAGCUACUAGCCUCCCACGCAGGCGUUUUUAGGGGAGCUCGUAUUUCUUCCCUCCCCACAAACGCCUGCUCAACAGAGGACAACAUUCCUUUCCCACGCUUAGCCAAUCACGUUGUACUUUCCAAAUUCUGGAAAGUUGACCUUGACCGCAGGGUAACCCGAUAAUCACGCGAUCUGCAUGAAACUUUAAGAAACCUUCAUGACCUCUAAUAAAUGUUAGUCUCAGAGCGGCCAAAGUAAGAUUUUAGAAUUCUCUGUGCACUGCAUAACCUUAGCGAACGAAAGAAAAGAAGGAAAAAGGUAACUCUAGGGUCACGUUCUGGGUCACGUUUUUUCACUAUCAAGAGCUUAUGAGUCAUGUUUAGCCUGUCAACACUUUAUUUAAAAACCGUUGAUUGGUCACUUACCACGCGAAUGCAACAAUGGGAAAGGAAUGUUGUCCUCUGUUGAGCAGGCGUUUGUGGGGAGGGAAGAAAUACGAGCUCCCCUAAAAACGCCUGCGUGGGAGGCUACUUAGCUACUGGACUUCCUAGAAGUACUACAUCUGAAUCCGUCUCUGAAGAGGAUAUUUACUCGUGUAAAAAAAGGGACAAAGGACGAUGACUAAAGGUAUAUCAACCACGAACCAUAUUUUUGGAACUAGGGAGGAGGCCCGGAGUCCUGGAGCCCCCCUGCACUAAAUCCCAUAGAGCGAAAAAAUAGUUUCAAGAUCGGGCUUACCUCCUAUCUUGCGGGCCCCGAGGCGGGCUCGUUAUUUAGUGGACUAAAUAUGAAGCUGAAUCAGCCGCUGAAGAGGAUGUUUAUACGUUUGAAAUAGGAACAAAAUAAGGAGACUUAAGGUAUUUUAGCGAAGGACCUUUUUU